AAAUAAUUUGCAUAUAAAAUAGAUUAGUUAAACUAGGGUUCCCUAAACACAUAAGUUUUUAUUCUGAUUCCAGAUAAUUUUAAUAAACAACUCCAACAAUAAUCUGAUUCUGAUUCUACCUCAUUCUAAUUCAUCUUCAAUUCAAUUCAUUCUUCAUUAAAUUCCGUUAAUCUGAUUCCGGAAUAGUAAAUGUGCUAUAAAGUAAUACGACGAGGUGUUAGCACGCCAACAAAAGAUCCAAAUAUCGAAACUGGCAGGUGCCAAUCGUAAACUGACCAAAAGUUUCUGGAAGCAAAACUGCAAAAACACACACUUCCCUCGCAGGGCUCUCGAAUCUCACUCAAUCCCUCCACGGCAACCCACGGCCAACCCGAAACCCUCCCACUACAGCUCGAGACCCGGACCCGCGAACCCGACUCCGACCCAACCCGAAACAAGCCCACCGGAGUCACCGCGAUGAGACUGAUUGUGCCACUCCAAGGCGUCGUCCAAGGCAGAGGCGGCCUCAUCCUCGCCUCUCUAAUCCCAUGUGCUCUCUAUUACUGCCUCCAGCUCUACCUAAAACGACGCCGACCCUCCAACCCCGAUCCACCUUCCCCCUCCCAGUCCUCCUCCAACCUGGCGGAGCUCCCCAGAACGCCGUCGCGGUCCAGCUUGUCCACCCGCGGGCCCAUGGGCCGGGUCCGGAUGUCCUCCCGGGCGAGCUGGGUUGCGAAGCCCAAUGACUCGCCGUACUAUAUCGGGUUGGAUAGGGCUUCGGAGGAGCCGUACGAUAGGGUGGAUAAUCCGGAUGGGGUUAUUCAACUCGGAUUGUCUGAGAACAGGCUGUGUUUGGAUUUGAUUGAGAAAUGGGUUUCGGAGAAUCUGAUGGAAUCGAUGGUGGGAACGGACGGUGGUGAUUUGAGCAUAAGUGGGAUUGCAGCGUACCAGCCGUUUGAUGGAAUGACUAAGCUGAAAGUGGGAAGAAACGGAAAGGUUUGAAUAUUUGUUUGGGGCGAGAAUUUCGGGUUGGUUUAAGAAGGCAAACUCAGCCAGAAAAGGAAAGACGACGACGACAACUUUUUUCAGCGCCCAAGUUUGAGAGAAAUGUUCCUUCUGUCCAGAAUUUUGAAAUCGUGGGAUCCACUCCGCCACGCCCAACGCUUGCAUUUGUGGGC